AUGGAGCCUGAAAACGAAAUUAAAAUGGUGGGUUUGUGUCACUUGGACCAACAAGGAUGCAAAAUGGGACUGGUGCCAUUCAUGAAGCAACCAACUGGCGUGUGGCGUGUGCCAGUAGGCUGUGGCACCGAGGGGCACGACAAGUAUAUAAGAGCCGUCAUGGGACGCCAAACCACCAUUAUCAUCAGGCACUCAACAAUUACUAUGCAGUUGAAAACAUUUUUGGUGGUGCUCGUAGUGGCAUUCCACGCAGCAGCCAGCGUCAACAAGGUUGAUAUUUUACCCACGAUCACCGAGGAGGAAGAAGAGGGCGUGGAGAAGUACACCAAUCUUGCUGCUUGA